UGUUUUUACCUAGCUAGUCGGGUAGACUUUAUCUAUCCACAGCACAACCUAUUACACCGUCCAGGAACCACUCUUAUUUCGUGUUGGAAAAAUCAUGAGAGUCUACGUGGAGGCGGAUUACGUGUCAUUUUUUGUAAUCAUUUUUAAACUGAAAUCAUGUUGGAAACAUCUGCAUUGAAGAGUGAUAUUUGAAGUAUAAUUAAAUGCCCGAAUUAUGGCCUGGUUUGGAGAAAUAAAGAAUUUGACAGGGAAUUUGACGGGGCAAUUAUCGAACGUUGCGAACACAGCUGCGAGCUUCACCCGUGAUGUACUGGCGGAGGGUACAGAGGAAGUCAGUGAUCAAGGUACUGAACUGAAGAUUGCACAGGACAAAAUAAGGGAACUAGAGGGACUUGUUAUUGCACAACGAUCAGAGAAUGAACGUCUGAAGAUCUUAAACCAUGAAUUAUCUGACAAAGCGGAGGCAUCCGAGUUGCAGAUCAACACCAUCUCUCAGCAGUACCGGGGUGUGCUUCAAGAAAAACAUGACGAGUUAACAGCGCUGAAGCAGCAGCAACAUGCCUUAGAGGACAUGCAGCAGAGCAUGCUGGUAGCCAACACCACAGCCGGUCCCCCGUCAGCCUCCAUCACCCACAGCACCUCCACCUCAUCCCUAACUGGUUCCCUGGUGUCGGCCGACCAGCAUGACUUUGGAGACGUUAUCUCGUCCCAGCAUGAGAUCAACCGGCUGUCCAAUGAGGUAUCGCGGCUUCGCUCAGAGUGUGAGCACUGGCGGCAGAUGGCCAGCCUCACCACUCAGGGGGAGAAGGCAGGGCCAAUGUUUGAAAUUGGCCUUGAUAAAGAUAGUGCUAGCUCCCCGAGUGCUGAGGAAAUUCUCCAGCUGAAGACAAGAAUUAAGGAGCUGGAGCACGAUCUGAGCCACGAGAUUGACGAGUCCCAGCGGGAACUCUCGGCCCUCCAGGACGCCCACUCCCAGAAGCAGGCCACCAUCAGCCGCCGACACAAGCAAGAAAUUGAGGACUACACACGCCGCAUUGAGCAGCUGGAGCAAGUGCUGCAAUCCGGUGAAACCUCCCCGACGUCACCGCCCACUACGCCGGUUCACACACCUGCAACGCCACCUUCAAAAGAAGCAGGGGAUCUGCAGAAUAAGGUGAAGGAGCUCCAAGAGGCACUGAAGAAGUCCCAGCGUAAUUUCAACCACCUUGAUGAAUCCUGCAAGCGCUUGAGAGUGGAGCUGGAGCAAGUCAAGCAGGUGGAGAAAGAGAAGAGUAAAACGGCAGAGAUCCUCAAGAAACAGGUGGAGGCGCUGAAAGCCGAGAAGGAGAAAGGCAUGCAGGAGAACGAGACCCUACGAUGGGUCAAGAGAGACCUGGCUAGCAAGCUGGAUACAGAGAGACAGGAGAACGCUCGGCUGCUAGAGGAAUAUGACAAGGCCAAGGGGAAGACAGAGGACGGGAGGCAAGAAAUUGAGAAGAUUAGGAAAGAAGAAAUAGUCCCACUUCAAGAACAACUGUCAAAGAUGGAGAAGGAGUUGGAGGACAUGCGAGGUGAACGAGAUCAGGUCAGAUCCGCGUUGUUUGCCACUAAGCACAGACUCCUUGCCGAGUUGGAUGCUAGCCAUGCAAGUACGAGCACCACGCGGCAAGAACUCCACGAGGCGAGGAAGAAGUUCUCCUCGGGGGCGAUGCAGAGACGCACUCAACUGUUGAAGGAGAAGCAAGCACUUGUCAACCAGAUGAUUGAUGUUGGAGAGCAGGUAUCAGAAGGAAAGACCUCAGUCGCCCUCCUGAAGGCGGCCAGCAACCAAGUGGGCGACGAGGCAGAAGACCUCAUCACAGACCUGGGUGGAAGCCAGGACGCCGGAGAGGACCAGGACAUCACCCCAGAUCUGCUCCAAGCCCUGGAAGAGGAGAACCAGCAUCUCCGACAGAAAGUGGAGAACCUUGAAAUGGAAGUCCGUCAGCUGAACGUGUCCUGUGCCUCCCUGGCUGAGGAUAAGGAGAGCUGUGAGAGCCUGAUCGUCAGGCUAAACAAAGACCUGGAAGUGAUGCGGCACUCUAAGUCGGACUCCAGUAGCUCCAAGAAGACCCCAGAGUGCUCAGGCGACAGCGAGACUGAGAGCAACUCCAGGCUUCCCCUUACCGAGGCAGACUUGAACAGGCAGGAGGAAGUCAGACGCAUCGCAUUCAAGCGUCCUGACUCCCCAUCUGGUACCAGCACCGAUUCAGACAGGACUGCCGGCUCAAGCCGUGCUACCAUGCAGAGGUACACCACCAGUGAGAGCGAGGUACCAGACAGUCAGGCGAGUGCCUUGGAAAGCUCCGACAAUAUCAGCUUUGACGGAGAGUAUGAUGACUCCAUCAUGUUUUCUGGAAUGAAACAGAGGUUUCCUGAGGCAGCCCACGUCCUCCAGGAACAGAUUGAGCAUUUUGAGCUGAUCCGAGCCGACUGGGACAUGGAGAAGCAAGCCCUGGAAGAGGUGGUGGUUAGAAUGAGGGAACAGCUGAAGGAGAAGGACAUUGAGUUACAGAGCCUGACAGCCAAACAGGGAUUGAGGGAGAUUGAGACUCAGCAGAUGGAUCAGUUAGAGGAAGACAUUGAGACCUUACAAGACACUGUGGACAAGAUGGAGGAAGAGCAUAGCCAGAUGGAGCAGGAGAGGAAUUCACUCACACAAGAAAAGGAAGCCGUACAGAAAGAAUUAGACAGUCUCCGAAAAGAAAACAAGACCCAGCAAGAAGCUUCCGAGACCUUGCUCCUAGAAGUGCUGGCACUGAAGAACCAGUUACAUGAGGCAGAGGCCACAGUAGAGCACCUCAAUCAGCAGGCAGAGGAGUUGCAUCACCAGAAGGAGGCAUCGUCCCAAGAAGUGGAAUCCUUGAGGAGCGACUUGAACCGGUCACGGGAUGCAUCCGAGCGUUACGCCAGGCAAGCCCAGGAGCACCUGGAGGUUUUGAAUCUCCAGAAGGAGGAAUCCUUGAAGGAUGAUGGUGACCGAGAUCGGCUGGAAGCUGACCUGCUGCUCCUUAAUCAGCAGCAUCAGCAGGCUCUGGAGCAGAUCGUACAGUCCAGAGAUGAGAUCAGAAAGAAAGCCGAGAGCUUGGAAGCUGAGAAGAUGGAACUACUGAGUAGCCUAGGUGAGAGCCAAGCAGGUCUGACAGAGCUUGGUGCCUUGAGGACUAAAUAUGAUGAGGACGUAAAGGAACUGAGAGCAGAACUCGAUAAAAGGACAGCUGAGUUGUCAGAACUGUCCAAACAAAAAGCAGAGGAAGAGGACCAGAUCUUAAAUCUCAGGGAUGAGCUCGACGAUACAGAGGAAAUCAAGAAGAAAUUAGAAGACACCAACAUGGAGCUUGUUUUACAGGCAAAUGACUCAAAAGCACAAGUGGAAAGCCUUGGAAAGGAACUGCUACAGCUGAAAAAGCAAAGUGAAAGGAUGGUCAGUCUCGAUGUCAAAGAAAAGUUGGAUAACAGUGUUGCUGAACUCGAAAGUCAGUUACAACUGGCAGCAGCAUCAAGCGGGGAAAGCAAAUCAGCGGUAAAACCUCUAACAAUCCGUAUCGGUGAAUUAGAGGCUGCUGUUGAAAAUUUAACAGACAGCAGAAAGAAGCUGGAUAAGGCUCUUGAAGAUAGCAAGGAAACGUUGGAGAUGGAGGUUGCUUCAUCAGAACAAACAGCGCAGCUCCUUACAAAUUAUGAGGAUAAAAUCGACAGCUUGAAGAGGGAGAAUGACAGUCUCCUGCAACAACUCCAGCAAAACAAGCUGCAACAUGAAAAGACAUUGCAAGAGCUUUCACAUUCCAGAGAAUUAGACACCAGCACGCUACAAGCAGAACACGAGAAACUCAUCCAGUUAAAAAAUGCCAAGGAAACUGAGGUGAUGAAACUCAGGAGUGAGUAUGAGGAAUUGCAAGCUGACAUGUCUGGAACCAAAGACAUGCUGAACUCCACUCUGGAGGGUCACCAACAGCUGGCAGAUAUACUGAAAAACAAAGAUGAAGACAUCAAGAACCUUGCUGAGGAGAACUCCUACUUUUUCAAGGCAUUGGAGGAAAGCAAAAAUAAAGGGAAACAGUUUGAACAGAUGCAAGAGAAACUGCAGGAAACAGAGGUCCAAUUGGAAGAAGUUAAAGCCAAAAAUGUGACCCUUUCAAGGGAAGUUCAGAAGCUACAUUUGGACUUGAAGGAUCAACUGGAACGCAGUGAUGUUGAGACCAAGACCCUUGAGGUCAUCACAGAGCUGGAGGGUGAAGUGCGUGACCUCCGGGACAUGUUGGAGAGGAAAGAGGAAGAAGCUUUGGACCUCCAGAGAGUUGUCGAGGAAAAGCAGUCAGCCCUGCUGAAUCUUGAAGAAAAAUCUGAAAAUCAGAGGAGGGAGUUUGAGCAAUCACAGACAAAGAUUUCAGACUUAGAGUCAGAAAUUGCUUCUCUCAAACAGGAACAAGUUACAACUGCCAAAAAGCUUGAUAGUGUCAACAAUGACCUACAGGAGACACAAGAAAAGCAUGCUCAUGAACAGGCUGAGAGAGAAUCUGCAUCAAAUUCUCAGAGUGCGUGGAUAAUAGAAAGAGACAAUAAAAUCCUUCAGCUGAGUGAGAGGCUCUUUAGUAUUGAAGAUCAGAUUAAAGACCAGGAAGCACAUCAUGCAAAGGCACUUGAUGAAAAGAACACUGAGGUUUCUCUGUUAAAGGAUAAACUUGAGAAACUAAGACAAGAGCUUGACUUCAGGCAAAGGAAUGUCAGUGAACUGAAAGCUGAACACACCUUUGUGAUGAGCCAGAAGGAUGCUGAAGUCACUCAGCUGACUGCGAAGCUUGAGCAGCUAACAAGAGACUCCAACUUGCAGAAAGGUGCUCCACAAGAGGACAGAGAAAAUGGCAUCAUCCACGAGGAAGUGACAGUUAAAAAAGUGCCUGGUCUUCAUAAUGCUAACAUGGAACCACCGCCGUCCACGCGUCUCCGUCAGAUGUCUGAUACAAUUGUUGAGUCUUCUCUGAGUGACAACGAAAAACACCUGGAAAAUGUCUUGCAGGAGAAGGAGAAGGAAAUUAAUCUUUUGAAAGAAAGCAAUCGGUCAUUGACCAACCUCCUGGAGGAUAAGUCACGCACAGCAAUGGGCAACACAAUACUGGUAGACCUCCAUAAGCUGCAGAUGCAAGUGCGAACGUACGAUUCUGAGCGCAACCAAAUGAUGACUGUCCUGAACGAGAAAACAAGGGAAUGCAGCAACCUCAAGAACGAAGUCCAUCGGCUGGUCAAGGUUGUCUCAGCCCAGAAAACAGCCCUUGAGAAGGCGCAGGAGGAUAACAAGGAAAUCCAACGCCACCUUGAUGAACCGCAGAAUGACAUGCAAAAGCAAGCCCUCCAGAAUCUGUCCCGCCUCAUCCAGGACAAAGACCUGGAAAUUGAGGCUCUGAAACAGAAGAAUGACUCACUGCUACAGGUGCUGCACUCGGCGGAGCCAAACAGCAGCUCGGACAUCUCCAGGGUGCUUGGCGACAACGAGCAGCUGCAGAAAGAGAACACGAUGCUGAAGGAAGAACGGGACCAACUUGUCGUGAGCAUCCACCAGAAGCAUCAUGAGAGCCUGACUUACUAUGAGGAAGUGCAGAGGCUGGUUGGUGUAGUCAAUGAAGAGACUCACAAACAAGCAGCGAUCCAGCAGCAGUACAACACAGUCUAUGCAGACUUGGAUGACAAGGAGAGAUCCUUGAGCCAGCUUGUGCUAGACAUCGAACACAGAGACUCAUCCCUUGCCAACCUUCAAGAGCAGCUGGAAGAAAAGAACCAGUCUGUGUUAGAUCUAGAAAGCCAGUUGUCUGAAUUGAAUGAAAGCAUAGCUAAGCAAAAUGAAGAACCUCAUGAAUCAACAAAUAUAUCGCAGCUACAGCAGGAGAAUGACCAUCUAAGUGCCUUAUUAAGAACCAAAGAGGAAGAAAUUUCAGACCUCUGGUCCAAAAUUCAGGUGCAGGAGGAGAGGCUCCAGCUUCCUGAUAUUUCACCUGGCAAUGAAAGCCUCAUUAGGGCAGAAAUAGCCCCCGUCCAAUCCGCACCACCUCCCAACGAAGAACCUCUUGCCCGGAAAGAAGCUGAGAUUGUUCAACUCAGGGAACAGCUGGAUCAUCAAGCCAAGACCUUGUCCAAAAGAGACAGUGUAAUCAAGACAAAGCAGGAUGAACUGCAGCACAAACUGGAGGAGCUUGCUGCCCUCAGGCAGGAGGUGGACCUCCAAAACCAGGCUCUUCUGGAGCGGGACGCUGCCUUGCAGCUCAAGAACCACCAGCUUCAGACCCUCACCAAUGACUCCAAAUCCAAGGACAUAGAACUUCACAGUCUCCAGAGCCAGAACCAGACGUUGAGCGUGCAACUCCAGGGCUUCCAGUCGGAAAACGAGAACCUGAAGAGAGACAAUCAGGCCCUGCAGCACGCUGUGCACAACAAGGACGGGGAAGGAAGAGCCCUGCAGGACAUGAGCAAUCGCCUGGCUGCCCAGAUCCGAGAGAAGGACUUUGAGAUCGGAGCGCUGAAAGAGAAGAAUCAGACGCUGACUACGCUGGUGCAGCAGAGAGAAGAAGGGACAUCGGGGGAGCUGCAGAGGUUACUAGGAGAGACAGAGGCAAUGCAAAAGCAGGCUCAGAUGUUUCAGCAGGAGAGAGACCAGGCCUUACUGGCAUUACAGCGACAUCAAAAUGAUCAACAGGCUCUGCAAACUGAGGUGCAUAAUAUUCGGGAGAGGGAGCAGAGACUAGUCGGGGAGUUGGACCGGCUGCGGGGCCACCUGCUACAAGUGGAGGAAGGGUACACAAGGGAAGCCUUGCAGGGGGAAGAGAGAGAGAAAGACUUGAGGAAUAGGCUGGCCGUGGCAGAGGAGGCUGUACGCACCAGCUCAUCUGCUGUGCACAGUGCAAGCAAGGAAGCUAGCAGUCAGAUAGAGAGUCUACUAGACCAGCUUCACGCGGUCACAAGCCAGAAGGACCAGGCCUUGUUGCAGCUGGGUGAGGCACAGGAGCAGGUGCAGCAGUACAGCACCUCACUGGCCAACCUGCAGAUGGUCCUGGAGCAGUUCACCCAAGAGAAAGAAGCAGCUAUUGCGGCUGAUGUGGAGAGAUACAAAGUGAGGGCAGAAGAGAAGAAUAAGAUUGCAGAACAGCUCUUCAAACAAACGGUGGAGCUACAAGAGCGUUUAGCAGCAACCAUGGAGGCAUUGGAAGCUGCUUCUAGGCUAAACGAACAGCUGGACAGGAAAGAAGAAGUAGCAGUCCAUCUCAGGGAAGAACUGGCCAGGAAAGAGGAGCUCCUUCACGAGUACGAGACCCGGUUUGACGAGUUGGGGAAUGCCAGUGAGGGCAAAGUGGACAAGCCCUUGAUGAAGAACCUGCUCCUAGGUUACUUCCAUGCUCCGCAGAAGAAACGGCCCGAGGUACUCAAGCUUCUUGGCAAUGUCCUCAACUUCAGUUUUGAGGAGCUACAACAGAUUGGAGCCGAGGGAAGCCAAGGGGGCUGGAUGUCCAGUCUGUGGGGGAGGGGAACACCCAGUAGCACCCCACCCUCUACCCCACGUAAAACAGCAUUGGAAAACUCUUUUUCAGAGCAGUUUGUCAAGUUCUUGGAGCACGAGUCCACCCCAACACCCAAGGUGCGCCUGCCGUUGGAAGAGAUGACCCAGGAGAAGCCUCACAGUCCCCGUGGCCAGGCCUUCAACCCCUUCUCCGCCCCUGUACCCCAGUUCUCACCAUUCAUCCAGCAGCACCCAGAGAGCCCCCGGGGCUCAGGGAAACCCCCCAAGCUCGCCGGGCCCAUGCUAGCCCCUAAAUCUGUCAUUCCAGCUGUCCCGCGGAUAGCUCCAGUGGUCCUUCCUGAUGUGUCAGGCAGAAGCUCUCCUGGCAGUAAGGGAGCAUCAGCCGGGUUAAUAGACAUAUUGCAGUCAUAAUAAGGCCCAGCCCCAGUGCAUGUGGUCCUCAGCAACACGUGUGCCUCCCCUGUCCGGCAUGUAUGUUCUAGACACGCGUGUCAUACGCAAUUGCAUGCAUGUCAAACUUUUGCUGGACACGAAUAACAUCUAUGAUUGGACCAAACAGCAGUGGAUCCAUAGUGGGGCUUAAUGGAGUGAUCUGUAACCGUGAGGCUUCAGGGAAUUUAUAUAUGUUUAUCCAAAUAAAUGUCACAGUAUUUGCCAAAUUAAAGAUUAUCAUAAUUUAGUGGGAGUAGCUAGGUAGAGGAAAAUAUCUCCUUAGCCAAUUUACGUGCUAAGCAUGAGUCAGCUAAGCCCCAGUUUCAUGUAAUGUACAUUGCGUGAACGUGUGGCUGGUAACCAGUUUUGGCCAAGGGAAUUCAUUUCUCUGCUAAGCAAAAUAUCAGUGCUUAGUUGGAAUCCAAAACCGGUUUUCCUGGCCAAGAGGUUUUUUUUGUCAGUGACAACCUUGGUUUGUAUCCACAGUGCCUUAUAUCCAGAGUACGACACCAAAUAUUCUCUUGAAAUGUUAAAUUUGUUCCUCACCGUGUAGUUUCAGACACUGCAGUGGCGGAUCCAGGGGGGUGUGGAGGCUGGGGGGGGGGGGGGGCCUCCCCGGCAGUGACUGAAAUUGUUUUCAAAUAAAGCCACUUUUCACUUGAGAGAUCCCAUGGCACCAACUUCUCUGGAUCCGCCCUUGCACUCUGGUGCCAAGUUGAAAGAUUUUGAUUUAUCAUACAUUCCAGUAAUUAGGGUCAUCAUCUCCAUUGCGUUUGACUAUCAAGUCCCUGCAUAAAGGGUUUUUGGUGCUGUCAGUUGUGUGGGCUUUUUUUUUAAUUCAAAAUUUCCUCUUUGCGUGAAGAAUUGUUAAAGGUAUUAGAGGGUUUACGAAACCCGGUCUUCAGCUUUGGCUUUAUCUUCAGCCUGAGAUUCAUAAAAAUCCUGCCAUUUUCAAACCAAAUGAACACACAACCACCAUCAGUGUUGUAGUCGAGUUUGAGUACGAGUAAUUUACCAUGAAUGUGAGUUCGAGUACAUGUACCAAAAAAUGCACUCGAGUACGAGUAUGAGUGUAAGUACGAGUACUCACUACAACUAGGAGCAAAUGUCAAUGGGUUUACGUGUUACUAAGGGCUUUUAGCUGUCAAACUAGGCAUUAAACAAAUGCAGAAGCCUCCCAAGCAGUGGGAAAUUGGUUCUUUUCCUACAUGUAGUUAUUAAACAUUUUAAAAGUCUUGCAGGAGAACAUUUUGCAAGAAUGAAGGGGGGGGGGAGGAGGACCAGUGUAGAGUGAAGAACUGUGCACAGACACUUUCGUCAAACAUAAAUGAUUUGAUAAUCACCACAUGCCAGAGAAGUGUACAAUAUUUAACCAGUUCGUGCCGGAUGACGUAUAUGCAUGCAAAGGUUUUGCGGUAUUCGGUACGGAUGACAGAUAAACACGAGGGUGAUGGCUCC